GACGCCGACGCGGAAAAGGAAACGCAGAAACACACGACACCAAAAAAAAGAAGAACAAAGCCAAAAACAACAGUCUUCUCUCCGGCGACCGACUCGUCGUCAUAUUAUUCCUCCCUCUCUCCCACCCAACUUCUCUCUCUCUCUCUCUCUCUCUCUUCUCUAAUCAUAUCAAAACCCCACAACCAAAUUCUCCAUACACACACAGAAAGAGGUUGGGGCCAAAACGCAGCGUUUCGCAAACCCUAAAUUUGGAAUUCCGAGGCGGCGGCGGCCAUGUGGAACAUCGCGAAGUCGGCGGAGGCGAUGUUCUCGCGGUGGGCCGUCAAGAGAGUCUGCAAGUUCGUGUUGAAGAAGAAGCUCGGCCAGUUCAUUCUCGGCGACAUCGAUGUCGACCAGCUCGACGUCCAGUUCGCCGAGGGCACCAUUCAGCUCAGCGACCUCGCUCUCAAUGUUGAUUUUCUUAACCAGAAGAUUGGUGCGGCAGCAUUGAUGAUGAUAAAAGAAGGAUCUAUUGGUUCGCUAUUAGUUAGGAUGCCGUGGAAGGGGAACGGUUGUGAGGUUGAAGUAAAUGAGCUCGAGCUCGUGCUAGCUCCUUGUACGGAGAAGAAUUCUCCAGCUACAGCUGGAAGUGGUAACCAGAACCAAGAUAGUAGUAACACCGGGAAGUUUGAUGCUGAUAUGAUGGACAGUGCCACGAAAUCAACCAGGGAUGUGCAUGAAGGUGUUAAAACCAUUGCAAAGAUGGUAAAGUGGUUGCUUACCAGCUUCCACGUAAGGAUAAAAAAGUUAAUUGUUGCCUUUGAUCCUUGUUUAGAGAAGGACCGGAAGACAUCCGGGUCUCUUUCAACCUUGGUUCUUCGCAUUUCUGAAGCAGAAUGCGGAACAGGUGUUUCUGAAGAUGCUAAUCAAAACACUGAUGCAAGAACUGUGAACUUUCUGGGGAAUAGUCAACUAACUACCUUUGUCAAGUUUCAGGGAGCAGUACUUGAACUGCUUCAAAUGGAUGAUGUUGAUAAUCAAAAAUUUAAUCCAUCUGUGACAGAGAGAACAUUUGGUGAAUUUAUUUCAGGGGGCCGUCCUCCAGGUGUUACCACUCCGAUAAUGACUGGGAGAAGAGGCGGAUUUUCAGGGAACUUAAAAUUAAGUAUUCCUUGGAAGAAUGGAUCUUUAGACAUAGGGAAAGUGGAUGUAGAUGCUUAUAUUGAACCUGUAGAAUUAAGAUUUCAACCGAGCACCAUCAAAUGGCUUUUACUUGCUUGGGAAGUAUGUAAAAGUAUGGAGAGGGAUCAGAGCAAUUAUGUGCCAACUGAUUCUAUUUUCCUUGAUACAGCAUCUCACUUUGGUUCAGCAAUAUCUGCUUAUUCUGCAACAGAUAAUGUGACGCCAGUUUGUGGUAGUUUGCCCACCGAAUCCGCUUCUUUGACACUUCAAGAAUCAGUUGCUGAGGGUCUGCUACCCGGAUCACGUGUUAUAUCAGAUUGGGUACCAUAUUAUAUCAAUAAAAACAGAAGCAAUGGUACAGAAGAACUUGAUUUUGGGGCAAGUGUGGACCAGUUUUUUGAAUGCUUUGAUGGAAUGAGAAGUUCCCAGUCAGCAUUAGGAAGUAGUGGGAUGUGGAAUUGGACAUGUUCUGUUGUCAGUGCUAUCACAGCUGUAUCCAGCCUUGCUUCUGGAUCUUUGAAUGUUGCCCCUGAACAGCAGCCAGUUGAAACAAAUCUUAAAGCAACUUUAGCUGGGAUUUCUGUUGUAUUUCCUUUCCAAGAUGAAAAUCAGAAUGAUUUGUGUGACACAAAGGGCAAUUUAGGUUCUAAUUCAGAUGUUCUAUACCUAUCUAUGGAAUCCCGAGAUAUCCUUCUUGUUAUGCAGGUGUCAUCUCGGCAUAUGAGGUUUGAAGGAACAAUGGACCAUAUUGAGGUUGCCAAUUACUCAAGUCACAAAGACAGUAACAAGGUUAAAAGCCAAACUUCUUCAAUUCAACAUCUUCAAGCUGAUGUUCUAAGGGUUCUUCCUUUGCAUGCCUCAUCUUCUUAUUCGGCUGAAUCCAAUGGUUUAGCUACUGAAGGUUUUCCAUUUCGAUAUAGGGAUGAUUUAGUCAGAACUACAUUGCUUAGAACUUCAGGUGUCACUUCUUGUCAAUGUACAGUGAGUUCUAGUUCAUCUGAUGGGAGUUCAACUGGGCCAACAUCAUUUUCACUGAAACUGCCACACUUUGUUUUCUGGGUGGACUUCUCUUUAUUAAAUAUCCUAUUAGAACAGUUGAAGGAAAUUGGAAAGACUGUUGAAGUGAAUAGCCAGACUGAAUUUUCUUCGGAGGCUUAUAAUAAGAACCGUGGAUCACCUCAUAGGGAUCUUAGAAGAGCUUCUAGUUGUGUUACAACUUUGUCUUCAACAAAUAGUGUGCAAGGUGAUAUAUUUAUCCCGAAUGCACGGGUAAUUAUCUGUUUACGUUCCAAUGCUGGUGAAAAUACUAGAAGCUUCUCUUCCUGGGAUCAAUUUAUUGCUCUCGAAUUUACUUCACCUUCGACUUGUGAUAAAUGCACAAUUCAAGACCAUGGUCCUACCUUGAAUGCAACUUCAGAGAAAAGGUAUUCUUCAACAGUCACACGUUCUUUACAGUUGAAUGUUGGUGAUCUUGAUGUUUUCCUGGUCAGUUCUCUAAGUAAAGACGAUGCAGAAAUCAGAUCUGGCAAGAUGCAGAGGCUGAAACUUAUGGCACAAAAAGUAAUCUCUGUCACCAACAGAAAAGGCAGUCUUUCUGUCAUUAGUAUGCUUUGGCAAGAGGGUUAUGUGACGGGUCCUUGGAUAGCAAAGAAAGCCAAGUGCCUUGCUACUUUGGAGGAAUCAAGGAGCAUUUCUAAAUUUGUGGGCAAAGAUCAUGAGUUUGCUUCUGUAUCUACUGUGAAAGAUCUUAAGGAUUUAAGCUCCCAGACACGACAAGAGAUUAUUUUGAGCUCUGCAUUUUUUCUAAAUGUUCGUCUACCUGCUGUCACAAUAAAGUUAGACAGUUCCCAAUAUAAAGAGUUGUGUCAUCUUCUGGAUCAAGUGAUGAAUGACAUAUCUAGUGGGGAUCUCGAUUCUGUCAAUGAUAAAGAAGAAUCUUCCAUGCCUCAGACAUCUGUUCUUGUGGACUGUGAUUCUGUUGAAAUAUUGAUUAGCUUGGAUGUAAAGGAGACUGUCCAAGGCUCAAUGCAGAGUGAACUUCCUGGGUCGUGGAAUCGUCUAAGACUGAAAGUUCAGAAGCUUGAAAUGCUAUCUGUUUCGAGUAUUGGAGGUAUUCCAGGCGCCACUUUUUUCUGGCUGGCACAUGGUGAAGGAAAGUUAUGGGGUUCUAUCACUAGUAUUCCUGAUCAGGAAUUUCUUCUGAUCACAUGUAGCAACUCGACAAUGAAACGUGGGGAUGGAGGAGGUUCAAAUGCAUUAUCAUCAAGAUUUGCUGGUUCUGAUAUUGUACAUUUGUGGGAUCCCACAGGUUUUCAUGGCUCUACAUCUAUAACUGUCAGAUGUGCCACAAUUGUUGCUGUUGGGGGUCGCUUGGAUUGGCCAGAUGCACUAUGCUCGUUUUUCAUUAUUCCUGCUGAAAUUGAACAAGCAGAGGAGAAGUGUAAUCAAAAUGACGAAGCACCUCGUGGAUCUUCUUUUGUGCUUAAUUUGGUUGAUAUUGGAUUAAGCUAUGAACCCUACCAAAAGAAUACGGUGGUCAGGAGUGAAGACUCAGAGUCCAGUUAUUCGUCUUUCCAAGGGACAUGUGAAGAAUAUGUUUCUUGUCUUUUGGCUGCAUCUUCCUUGAAUCUUUCAACUUCAACCAUUGAAGGUUCCACAGAAUUGAAUUAUAAAAUUAGAGUGCAAGAUCUUGGGCUUCUUCUUCGUGCAAUGUCAAAGCCUGAGGGUAUUGUUGGUGCUUACAGUGCACAACAUCUUCACAAGAUUGGGUAUGUUAAAGUUGCAAGGGAGGCACUCGUUGAAGCAAAUUUGAGAACUAAUUGUAGAAAUGGUCUUCUCUGGGAGGUAGAAUGUUCAAAGUCUCUCAUUUUUGUGGAAACAUGCCAUGACACAAUGUCUAGUCUGAUUCGCUUGGCUGCUCAAAUCCAACAGCUAUUUGCUCCUGACAUGGAGGAAUCAAUUGCGCAUUUGCAGACGAGAUGGAAUAAAUUUCAGCAGGAACAAGAGUUGAGAGGUUUGGCCGAUGAAAUCAGGAUAUUUGAUAGUGAGUCUCCAACUGCUCAAUUGCACACGUCUGAUCUAGUUACAGAGGGAGAGCCUAAGGUUGUUGGGUUAAUGGAUGAGAUAUCCGAAGAUGCAUUUCGAGAUAACAAUCACACCUACCAAUACGAUUCCUCUGAGUCACAAAUUGGUUUAUCAUCUGAUGAGGAGCUUGGAGAGGCUUGUUACUCUCGUAUUGGAACUCCUGAUGUUUUCUUGCCUGGUCAAUUUUAUGAUGGGUCAGUGCCUUCAGUUGAAUCAGAAAGUAGUCAAACAUCAUUCCUACAAGGUGGUAAUGUUUUGGAAUUAAUUGAAGGGUAUUGCUUAUCUGAGCUACGACCUCUCUCGGAAUUGUCUGUUGGCAGACGAUCAUCUCAGGAGAUUAUGACCAAGUCCAAGCAUACCAGAAUUGGAGAUAGGUCAAAAGAAAAUCAUGGAUGGUAUGGCACAUCCAUAAAUAUUUUGGAAAAUCAUAUUCCAGAAACGAGUAGAAGUAGUAAGAAACAAUUUGUCGAAGACAAGCUUCCUUCUACUGGCGGUACAAAUUGCAUUGAUCUAGGGAAAGUCAUUGGACGUGUACUUCUUAAGAACAUUGAUGUUAGAUGGAGAAUGUUUGCUGGCUCUGACUGGCAUGAUUCUAGAGCAACUGGGCAGCGGUCGGGGGAUAUUAGUGGAAGGGAUGCUACUGUAUGCCUGGAGUUCUCACUAUGUGGGAUGGAAUUUCAAUAUGACGUUUACCCAGUUGGUGAAAUCUGUGUCUCCAAGCUCUCUCUUUCGGUUGAAGACUUUUAUCUAUAUGAUAAGAGCAAAGAUGCUCCUUGGAAACUUUUGCUAGGAUAUUACCAUUCAAAGGAUCGUCCUCGGAAAUCAUCUUCAAAAGGAUUCAAGCUGGACUUAGAAGCGGUCAGACCAGAUCCUCUGACACCUCUGGAAGAGUAUAGGUUGCGAGUCGCAUUCCUUCCCAUGUUACUGCAUCUUCACCAGUGCCAGCUUGAUUUUCUCAUUGGCUUCUUUGGGGCAAAGAGCUCUUCAGUUGAUCAGUCUUCUGGUUGUUAUCAAGAUUCAGAUGGUUCAAAAGUGUUGCCAACAAAGAGUAAUAAUCUUGCAGGGCAUGCCAUUGCAGAGGAAGCAUUUCUUCCUUACUUUCAGGAAAGUUUUAUUUCUAAGUUCGAUAUAUGGCCUAUCCUUGUUAGGGUGGACUACAGUCCUAGCCGUGUUGAUCUGGCAGCAUUAAGAGGCGGGAAGUACGUAGAACUUGUAAAUCUUGUCCCAUGGAAGGGGGUAGAGCUGCAACUUAAACAUGUUCAUGCUGUUGGCAUUUAUGGCUGGGGCAGUGUAUGUGAAACAAUUAUAGGGGAGUGGUUAGAAGACAUCUCUCAAAAUCAGAUUCAUAAAAUAUUGCGAGGUCUUCCUACCAUUCGGUCAUUGGUUGCUGUUGGUUCGGGUGCAGCGAAGCUGGUUUCUUUGCCAGUUGAGCACUAUAGGAAGGACAAGAGGGUACUGAAGGGAAUGCAAAGAGGUACAAUUGCAUUUCUUAGAAGUAUUUCUCUUGAAGCUGUUGGUCUUGGAGUACAUUUAGCAGCUGGGGCUCAUGAUAUUUUGCUCCAAGCUGAAUGUUUGCUAACAAGCGUUCCUCCUUCUGUACCUUGGUCCGGACCACAUAAAGUAAAAUCCAGUGCUAGAUCCAAUCAACCUAAAGAUGCCCAACAAGGAAUUCAUCAGGCAUAUGAAAGUCUCAGUGAUGGUUUGGGGAAAUCUGCUUCUGCCUUGGUUCGGAUGCCCCUGAAGAAAUACCAACGUGGAGCUGGUGCUGGAUCAGCUCUGGCAUCUGCUGUUCGGGCAGUCCCUGCAGCUGCUAUAGCUCCAGCUUCUGCUUGUGCAAGUGCUGUACAUUGUGCUCUUCUUGGCUUCAGAAAUAGCCUUGAUCUGGAGCGUAAGAAAGAGUCCAUGGAGAAAUAUCUAGGUCCCCCUCAGCCAUGGGAACAAAACUGAUGGUUUAUUUAAUGGUGACUAAACUUUUGAGCUACUGCUCCCCUGGGGUAUAGUGGGAUCAGUAAUGACCUGUCUAUCUCUGUACUAAGACCGAUCCAUCUUGCGAGUUGAACUUGCUGGUAUGUGGUAUCUUGCAAGUUGAACUUGCUGGUAUAUGGGAUCAAGCAACGGUGAAUGAUUGGUUCAAGAUGUACAGUUACGAUAAGAAGAUACCCAUUGUGUGAAUCAAACUUGGUGGGAUACUGACUCCAACAAAAGUUGUACAGGUACUGGAACGAUUGCUUCAAGGUGUACAGUUAGUGGAACUAUCAGAUUCGUUCCAUUGCAACAAGAUUGUAGGUAGUGUACAGAGGCCUUUACUAUAGUGACAGUCCUUGUAGAUAUGAGUUCUUGUUUCGAGUGAAUUGUAGAUAUUUGAUUGAGUGGCAUAGUUAGUUAGAUUCCCAUUGUUAUUCUUUCAAAGUUGUAAAUAUUCAUUCAAAAAUUAUUUAUCACUGAGCUGUGCUGGUAGUUGACUAUAUGCUCUUUGUUGGUCUUCAAAAGUCAGAAGUGCAUGGGUGCAUGCAAGUAUAACAACCUUGAUCUUUCUUAGGAUUGUGUAAUGCUAUUUCAAAUCUAUAGACUUAUCAUUGAAAAAGGACUUGGAGAUGGAUCCAGUUGGAUGUAAGGAAGAGGUUAGGAUUUUGAUAUUAGCGGUUGUUGCAAGACCUAUGGAUGAAAUGGAGCUGUCUUUGCCAGACGAGCUUUAUUCUUGUGGAUUUUUCAAGCUAUAUACACCUGGUCAGUAACUAAGCA